AUGAGGCAAGCCUAUCACAGUGAGGCUGGUGCCAGUAUCAUUCGAGUGUCAAAAGAAGCACGGAAGAGAUUCUUGGGCCCACUCCACCCAUCUUUCAACUUGGUGAAGAUCAUUCGGAUCUGCCUAUCCAAGACUGUGCCGGAGAAUGGGCAUGAGGUAGCAGCAGGACGUUUGGGCAUCUCCCUCACACGGGUCUCUGAUGGAGAAAAUGUGAUACUUUCAGACUUCAAGUCCAAGGAGGAGCUGAUUCAGGCUUGUGUCUGCAGCUCUUUUAUCCCUGUCUAUUGUGGGCUGAUACCUCCUACCUUGCGUGGAGUGAGGUAUGUGGACGGAGGGAUUUCUGACAACUUGCCACGCUAUGAGCUGAAGAACACAAUCACGGUGUCCCCGUUCUCGGGAGAGAGCGAUAUCUGUCCACGGGACAGUUCCACAAACAUGCAUGAGCUCAGAUUCACCAAUACAAGCAUCCAGUUUAACCUUCGCAAUCUCUAUCGCCUUUCCAAGGCCUUGUUCCCUCCAGAGCCACAGGUGCUGCGGGACAUGUGCAAGCAGGGCUAUCGGGAUGCACUGCACUUCCUGAAGAAGAAUGGUCUCCUUCAUCGUCCAAGUCCUGCCCGACCUCUCCUUGCCAUAGAAGCUCCCCCAGGAGAGAAGAAAGAGGGAGAAACAGAAGCUGAGGACCAGCUGGAGGACAAUGCUGCCCUUGCUGUUGUUGAAGAGCACAUCUUUGAACACCUGCCUCCCAAACUGAACCAAGCUCUUAUGGAGGCUUGUGCUGAAAGAAGAGGGUUUUUGACUGGUAUCUCCAACAUGCUGCCUAUACGUGUGGCCACUGCAAUGAUGAUCCCCUACAUGCUGCCUCUGGAGUCUGCCGUUUCCUUCACGGUCAGGUUGCUGGAAUGGCUACCAGAUAUCCCUGAGGAUAUCAGAUGGAUAAGGGAGCAGAUGACUGAAAUCUGCAACUACCUUGUGAAGAAAGCCAAAAAGAAACUGGGCAGCCAUCUUUCAGCCAGGCUUUACUAUCACCUUGAGCUCGGAGGGACCCAGAGUCUGCCAAUUUCUCCAGCAGCUGCAUGUGGUGAAGCACUGCCCAUGUGGAUGAGAAGUAACCGUUCCCUGUCCGAUGUCAUGCUGAAGUGGGAGGAGUACCAGCGCCAGCUCAUGCUGGGCUUACUCUGCAUCAACGUGGACAUGCAGGCCUCCCUCUUCCCUCAGGAAGGGUUUCAGAUAAAGCUUUCACCUCUAGACUAUGCAAAAGAGUGCCUGCCACUCUUCUGAGCCUGCUGCCGCGAGGAUAUGGGGGCGGGUGGGAAGGGGAGCGGAUGUAGGUUGGGACCAGUCUCAUCCCUUGGCAGCCUGCUGUCCUGUGCUCUUGAAUAUGCUGCAAAGAGGAUUUCCCAGGGAUGGAGACUGGUGGAAAUGACUGUAGCCAUUUAUUGCCCGCUGGGCCAGGCAAGGGGUCUUUGCGUUCAAAGAAACGCGUGUGCAGGCACCUUGCUUUAGACUUGUGCCUGGCCAUUUCCCAUGGCCAAGCUGGUGCUGACCCAGCGGGGCUCUCCCAAAUAACGCACUUUGAAUUGCUGUUAGGUUUUUACCACCAAAUAAUCAGGAUGUAGCUGACACUCUGGAGUUCACAUAGCUUUAGCUUCCUAUGGUUUUUGGAGCUUAUGAAUCCUGUUUUUUAAAUCAGCUGACAUUGUUUAGCUCUUGAUGCUACUGAAGGAUGAAGUGGCCUCUAUUGCCAAACCAAUUUUCCUCUUUGCUUCCAAACUUCCUCUUGACUUCCUUCUUUGCUGAAGCCAGAACCUUUCCUCUGUCUCUAAACUGCAUCCCCACUGGAAGCCAGAGCUGGUCCUGUUGCAGUCCACACUGCAACUGCAGACAUGAAGGAAAAUUAUGCAUUUACCUUGAUGAAUGUUGUUGCGGUCUCUCCCUAGGUGACUUUUGUCCUGAUGGAACUUUUGCAGUCUGAACUGAGUGUUACAUCAUUUAGCUUAUUUUAAAGAACUAGGUUAGACUAAGCUUUUCUGUUUGUUUUUUUCCAGAGGAAACGCAUUGAGUUUGAGGCCCCAUUCCUGUCAGUGUGAAUGGAGUUAGUGUGAGGUUGCUCUGGAAAAGCUCAGCCUGGCUCUCCAAGGACUGGCCUAGCAGCUGACAUUGGGGAAGGAAUGUGAAGUGUUUGUAGGAAGGUGAGAUUGUGUGGGGCAUGUUACUUUUGAGAGGCUUGUGGUAGAGUGCCACAGCAAGUGUGGGGAAGGGGCUACCUCUGACAGGGGUCAGGCUUCACUCCUUAAGGGACCAUACAACUGAAGGAAAUUCCAAGUGGGUACCACGACAGGGGGAAGAAUUUGGACACGGAGGUUUGGGGGUGAUGGGGAUGCAGGCUUCCAGCUCUGUCAGCCCCACUGCUCGCGCUAUGGCUCGCAAGUGGUACAGCAAUGCAGCUGGCAAUAGCAGGAGCAUGAGAAGCGGAAGUGAGGUCAGGAGCAUCAGUGUACGUACAGCCCUCUUGGAAUUGGCUACAUUUGUCUUGUCUCUUAAAAGACCAAAGCUAGUGGGCCUACAGCAGGGCAGGACUCUGCCUUAUAAAUUACUGCCUUCUCAGUGGUGGUCUGGUUGCGACUUGCUGUGUAGAAGCAUAAACUCUCUGAUCAGCCCAGGGUGAGACUUGGCUUCCUGUGGGGAUUGCACAUACUUAAGUUUAAGUCCUUGCACUGGGACACAAAACCAACUCCUGGCAUCGUUUUCUGCAGCUUGCUUAGCUGCGUGAAGCCUCUUCUGCCUCUCCUAGCACAAACAGUGUGCAGCUGGCCAAAGCAAAUGCAUGCUGUGUUUGCUGGGGAGCAGGAUGGGGUGUCUGAAGCUGCUAUGUAACCUACAUAUGGAAAAGUGAUUUGUAAUAGACUCGUAAUUGCCCCUUUGAUUUAGAAAGGGGAAAUAUUCCCAGGAAUUCUACUGAUGGCUGGAGAAAGAGUAGUGAAUCUACUUGAUCACACUUGCAAGAGCAGGUCACCAAGUGUGGAAGUGAGAAAUUUGGAGGAUUCUGAAACCAGAAGUUAGGAAUAUUGGAUUAUAAGACAAGUCAAUCUUAAAGAUGUAACACUGUGUAAAGCCUGCAGAAGGAGCUCACUGCUAGCUGGACAUAGCUGUAGUCUAGGUGCACUAGCAACAAGCUGCUGUCAGUUUGUGGCAGCAGGAUAAAUUCCAUGAAACUCAGCAUCAUUUUGUGGUUUGGUGUGGGCUUUCCCCCACUAACCCCCACUCAGGCAGCUCUAGGCUGCCUUCUUUGGGGGAAUGGGGCAUGCACUUCUGCUUAGCUUGCCAAGUAGUAUCUCUGCUCCUGAUGCACGCAGAGCAAUUGGCAAGAACAUGGAGAUACUUAGUGGCAUAAAAUGAAGGGGUUUCGUCCAGAAGCAAAACAUCUGUGAGGGGCAGAGCCAGGAGAUGGGAAAAUCUUGUGCUUGAAGCUGCUGUGCUCUUGACUCUGCCUUGUUUGUUUUAAUAUAAGGGUGGAGAGAAUGAUGCAACUAUUUUUUUUUUAUCCCUUCUUCCUGGACCGGUAAAACCACUGAGUGAUUAUGUAAACCACUAAACUAUGAAAUAAAACUCUCUUGGUAAUAGAAUGUGCUAAGAAAUCACAGCUUGGCAUGCUUGACCUCUGCAUCCCCUCUCUUUUCUUGCCUUGCCUCAGAACCAAAUGGACUGGUGCCACCCUCUCCCAGUGCUCUGAUCCAGAAGGCUUGCUGUUUCUGGUCCAUGCAUUUCAACAGACUAACCACUGUGGCUAGUGAAGACCUGAGUUUUGUUUUUUAUUUAACCUCCUCUAUCUUUAGUUUGUUAUAUUAACCUCCCAAAGAAAAGCUUUUGUACGCUUCAGACUGUAACCACAAACCAAAGCUAGGCUUUAAAUGCAAAGGGCCAAUUCUUCAGGGAGGAAACUCCUGCUUUCCCUAUGCUAAUUUGCAGGGUGUGAGCAGAUAGUGGGAAAGCACCACUCUGCAUUAACCCUUUCUUUGCCUGUGUUUAUUCCCCAGGUAGCACAAUGGCUGUUGUGAUAGCUAGUUGACUUCAUAGAUUUUUUUUUUAACUGUGAUCAAAGAACAGUAGAUCUGUCAAAAAAAAAAUAAUACCCUAAACUACCUUCCUCCUCCUCCUUAAGAGAAGUUUCAAGCACCUACUUGAAAUUCUUGCUGCUCAUUCAUCACAGAUCACAAAGGAUGAGGAGAAUAGGAAAGAUCUAGCCUAGCAGAUGCAGAAAAAGGCCUGUGGUUGCUUUUGAAGAACGGCUUUUGAUUACGCAGGGCUGCCUUGUCUUGAUAGAUUCUGGAUUGGACCUGGAGGGGUUUAUCAAGAUGACGCUAACUGGAAUUCUUCUCCAAGCCUUUGUUAUAUGUUGGCCUCAUGGCAUGUGUUAUCUGCUGGUUGGCAGCUGCUGAUGAACAUAUAUUUAUCAAGUUUAUAGGAACAAGGUAAUUAUUGGUCCCUUCUUCAGUGGAAUGUGUGGCUGGGCAGCCCAGUGGGUACUUGUCAGGACCUGUCUGCUCUCCAGGAUAUGGUGUUAGAGGGCUCAGGUUCCCGGACCAAAAGUUCAUCUUGCAGUCCGUGUCCAAAAGCCUCCAUGACAUUCACUUGAACUCAAGGGUCCCAACCCUUGCAGUUUCCACUGCUUUACAUAAAGGGUCUCUGCAUUCAGGAAUCCACUUAUUUUUUUUUCCCCCCCUGCUUCCUGUGAUACAAAUAUUACUUGCUGCUUUUAACAAGGCUAGCAGUGCAUCUAACGAGCUGCUAACCUGUACAACACUGUAGAGUUGUUUCAUGUUGCGCACAACAGUGUGCAUCUCCAGCAUGCUCUGUAAGCCACAAUGAAUGUAUGGUAUGUUGGGUUUGGUUUGUUGCCUGCCCUACUGCUAAUGUUAUUGCAAGCUGAUUUUCAAGGGGGAGGAGGAAAUAUCCAACUUCUGACCAGUCUUUGGAAGACCUAGGAUUUGCUUUCUCAUGACUUUGGGAGGACCUGCAACUCUAAGACCAGGGAAUAAAUGAGGACUUGCUCUCUCCCAGCACUGGCGUGUCCCAGUACAUAUCCUAUGUUCCACAUUACUUUGUCCUUUUUUAAUUUUUUUUUAAAUGAAUCUAGUAAUCUGGUGGUGAAGCUUUCAAUCCCUUCCCUAGAGAGGAGAGCGCUCUCUUUCACUAAAGGAGUUGCGGGAGAAACACCCGAAACUAACGGGGUUUUGUUUUGUUGUAUGCUGCACUGUCCAGUCUUAGGGGCCCAUUUCUGCUAAACCUGUGGUGGCAGGGUUGCGCGUUGCCAAAGUCAGAGGGCCUUGCCAACGUGGUUCUUAAACACUUUUUUUUUUUUCCUUCCCCUUUUCUCCCUGUAAACCACUGAGAAUGGAGCAUCUCACCUGGCUGAUGCAUCAGCCGGUCUGUGCCAAACUCGCCCUGUGCCUUUACCGUGGGCCGUGGCCUGCCUGCCCUCUGUUUCCCUGUGGUGUCUGCAUCUUUAAUGCAGCAGCACUCAGACCCCUCUCCUCUUCCUCCUUCCCCUUGCCGCUGCCGGUGGGACAUUGCUCUGUUUCCAGUCCGCACACAGCUCUGCUAGGACGGUUUUGAAUUAAUGGGAUCCAUCUUACUGCAUGGAUCCACACCAGCCUCCCUGUAAAGGGAGGGGGAACCUGUAACUCCAGAUGGAAGAUGAGAAACGUAACUUUGAAACGCAUACUUUUUUUCUUCUGGGGUUUCCUCCUGCUCUGGAAAACAGCAUCUAAAGCAGAUCUUCACGAGCUAAAUGUUCCCUGGGAUGCUGCUGCUGUUGGCGAGUCUGCGAAGACCGGAGCUCUGCGGAAACGACUGAUGUCAGAGCAGCAACUAGACCAGCAAUAGCGUAUGCGAGCGAUGUAUUGACAUGGCAAUGUCAUUUAGUAGUUCUCACAGUCACUUUGACAAUUCAGUAUUAAAACUGUUGAUGCUUUUUUUUUCCCCCUCUCCCCUCCUGUUUCUCUUUUUCUAAUAUUUUGCUGAAGAAAAUGUAACUAUUUAUUUUGGCAGAAAUAUAUCUUAUAAUAAAAACUUUAUCGAUAUA